UAUAUAUCAAUCAUCAAUCGUUCUUCUGCAAUCAGCUUAAACCCUAGCAUCUCUCUAAAAUCAGCUUUCUCUCUCUACAAGUUAUGGCACUAGUAGCAGUACCCACCUUCACCUUCAACAAGUCACUCCUCCCUCACUUCUCCGGCGGCGGCGGUGAUGUCAAACCGAAGACGCGCCGCUUCUCUCAGCCGAUGACCACGCGCUGCUGCUCAUUCUCGGAGUUCAAAAGGCACGCAGACAAAAUGUACGAAUACUUAUCCCCAUCCCUAGUCAGAAUCAGGAGUACCUUCGCCGAGAAAGCCGAGUCCUACUACGCCGGCGCCGGCGUCUUCCUCGAACCAACCCUAAUCCUCACCUCCGCCCACCUCGCCGGACGCGUCACCGUCUCCUACGAGCCCAAAUCGCCCAACGAACGGGACCCGUUCGUGUUCAACCACGACUGCGUCGUUCACAGAUCUCUCUUCGCCGAGACGACGGUGGCCAUCACUCAUGAUCUCAGAACCCUGCGCACAACCCCCGUGGCGGUGAACUACUCAAGCAACGUCGCCGUACUGAAGGUGGUGGCGGUGGCGGCGGAGGCGCCGCAGCCGCCGCCGACUGAGACAACCACCCCAUGCCAGCACCACCUGACGCCGAAAUUCAAGCCGUUUCCGCCGCUGCCAUUCCCUCACUACACGACGGCGAAUUUCCCGCCGAAGAGGGGCGAUUGCAUAAUGGUUAUGAUGGAUCUGCGCAGCAUGCACUUCGGAUACUUGGCCGGACACGUUAGGGCGGCGCACGGAGAGAGGACGUUCAAAGUGAGGGCGCCGUGGCCAUUGAAGAACGAUCUGUGGUGGAUCGAAUUCGACUUGACCGGGCAGAGAUUCAACGCCGGCCAUCCCACUCCGUCGCGUAACUACUACAACAUGAUGAAUGAUCUGGAGGUUAGUGGAUCCAUGACGAUGAUUACCGGCAGCCCUUUGUUCAACAAUGACGGCGAGCUCAUCGGAGUUGCGGCGUGGGAGUUUAGGGAGAAGGGUGCUCCUUAUCCGGUGGCUUUUGCAGCGCCGAUCUCGGCAGUUAGGGAGGUGGUGAAAUAUGCAAAGACCAAGAAACCCGAGGACCCGAUUGCUAUGGAUGCUUGGAUCAAGUAAUUACUGUGAACAAAUUAAGCUUUUGAGGUGUUGAUGCAGACUAUGGUGCAUGCAUGGGAUUAGGAAACAAGACCGUACCCUUUAUUA